GCCUCCACACAAAUCUCCCCACACCCCUCAAGAAGAGCGUGGUCUCCACAAGUUCGCCACUACCAACUUUUCAAUCCCAAACUACAUUUCACCGGCAAUCUUUGACAGAGCCUUUCACUGAUUUGGAGCACACAAGUUCAAAAGAGACCCAUUUCAAUGGCGUCGAUGCUAAGCACGGUAGGCGCGGGGUUCUCUUGCAGCAAGGCACCCACCAAGGGCCUCAAGCAAAGCAGAAGAGGAACCACCGUUUGGACCCAGUUCGGAUCCUUGUCUUUCGGUGAUGUGGGUAGGCGUGUGGUGGUGGUGAGAGCGGAGGGUCAGGCUAUAAACCCGGAGAUAAGGAAGAGCGAAGACAAAGUGGUGGAUUCGGUUGUGGUCACUGAGCUCUCUAAGCCCCUCACUGCUUAUUGCAGGGCGGACUUAACUGAGACAAUGCCGAGAGCUGUUUGGGGAACUUGUCUGGUUGGUGAUGACUUUGGAAACACUAAGGAUGUUCUGAUAUAAACCCGAAGUUUUAUUACGUGUAAAAGUCUGUCUGAUUUGAAAUAUAUAUGCAAUAACAAGUCCAAGAGGCUUGGAACUAUAUAAAACGAGUAAUAUUAGAAUCUAAUGCUGGUGCCUUUAGUUGGAUCCAAGUAUCAUCUUCUAUUUCCCACUGGCCACUGCGGAUUAAUGAUCCUUAUUGUUCUGCUCUUUUUUGGAGUUAAGUGGGUGUUCUCUAAGAAUGUGGUUGAGUUACGUAAGUGCUGGAAGAUGUGGUUUAAUAUGCAUAGAGGUGGCCGGAUUUGGACUGGUAUAAUGCUUUGCAUAAUGUUGUCUAUUUGGUGUGAGAAGAAUAACCAGACUUUUGUCGGUGUAGAAAUCCCACGGAAUUGGAUGACUGAUUCAGGCAAUAGCUCUUUUUGACUCACCAAAAUGAUUGCUAUUGCACUUUUUCCUCUCUUAAGGGUAUUUUAGAUUCUUCACAAGUAAUAUUUUGAGCUACGGUUAAUAAGAUGUGUAGAGAUUUGUCAGUCUCUUCAAACUCUUUGGUCUGCCAAUCCUGGUUACCGAUGUGGCCGUACAAUUUUGUUACCUCUUUGUGUUGAAAAUCAAACCUUAAAUAUGGUCCAGACCACAAACAGCAGAAAUAUUUUGUAAGGUAACGGGUGCCUAAAGUGAAUAACAUGUAGAUGCAUUCUUUUAAAAUUGUUUGAUGGUAUGCCCUUGUAGUGGAUUGGGAUCCCUACAUUUGGGAUCCCGGCCAAUUCCUCCUACCCUCUGUGAUUGGGUAGGGGAUGUAUCCCCCUCUGCUCAGGCAGGGAGUCAUUUCUCACAAAUUUUCUGCAAUUCCCCUGUUCCUUGUGUUUGGGAUGGGGAUUGCAGAAAAUCCCAAUUCCCCUUUCGUAGUA